UAUAGAUUAAGAUCUAAUUUAAGAAUAAAAUCUAAAUCAUUUAUAAUAAUUUUUUAAAACAAUGUCAGAUAAAUUUAGUAUUAAUGAAAUAUUGAGAUCAAAUUAUAAUACACAAAUUACAUUCACUGAUAAACAUAAAUCGAAUGAAAUAAUAUUACCUAUCACAACAAUUACAUCAUCUAUUUCAACGAAUCAUAAUCAUAAUUAUUCAAUGACAUCAUCAGAUCAUUCAUUGAAUUCAUCAACAUUCAAAGAGUUUCUAAUCGAUUCUAAUGUAAAACAAACAUUGGAAUCAUUAACACAUGAUAAUGAUAAAAAUAUUCAACACAUUUUAAAUUCCGCACAAUUUAAACGAUUUAUCAAUAUAUUAAAAUCAUUUAAAUAUUCAACUAUUAGUAAUCAAUUAUUGAAUGAAAUAAGAACAAAAUAUAUAGAAGAAUAUAAUAUAACAAAUCCUGUAAUUAUGAAAUAUUUAACACAUAUAUUUACUAAUAAUCCAAAUGUUAUCUUAAAUGAAUUAUCUAAAGAUAAUAUUAUUGAGCCAAGACGAAUUGGACAUCCUUAUCAGAGUAGAAUACCUAGAAAACGGAAAAAACCAAGAGCAUCAUUCACAAGAUAUCAAGUGACAACACUUGAAAAAAAGUUUCGUCAACAAAAGUACUUGGCUUCGACUGAGAGGAAUGAGCUAGCAAACCUGUUGAAAAUGACUGAUGUACAAGUGAAAACAUGGUUUCAAAAUCGUCGAACGAAAUGGAGGAGACAAACAAAUGAGGAACGUGAAACAGAAUGGAGGGCCACAGGACGUUUUUUAUUAAAUUUACAUUCUCAGCUGAAUUUACUUAAAGAAAACUUACAUAUGAGUAAUAGUCAAACAUUUUAUUCCACAGUGAGCGGUUAGACAUGUUCAAGAAUAACUAAAAUCAACUGAAAUAUGUAAACUAUUAAGCUGAUAUUCCUUGAAUUGAAUUUUUCCUUUAUCGUUUGGUCAUACACUCAUCUAACCUAUUGACUUUGUACUGUUUAAUUGAGAUAAACGUUUGUACAUCUAUCUAUGGUGUUAAAUCAGAUUGGACCGCCAAAACGAAUAUUAACAAUUAAUCCCCAUUAAAAGCAUCACUUAUUUAUUACAUCUAUAACUUUUUUCUUCUCGCUUAAUUAUCUUGGAUUCAUGGUGAUUUAUAGGCAGUGGAAAACCAUGUUAAAAACAACUUCAAUAAAAGACUGUCAAGAUAAAUCUGGACACGGAAAAAUCUGUGCGAAUGAACAAAUGAUAUGCGAAAUUGUACUGUGGAAACAAAUGGCAGCGAAAUUCAUCACGAACCAAAUUUAUCAAGAAAAACAUUGAAAUAUUACGAUAGUCCUUAAAUCAAUUGAAAUUUAAUGUUUUUACAGAAUUUGAUUUAAUGCUUUUCCAUGUCACAAUUCAGCUCGAAAAACAAAAGAAAUUCGAAAA